AUGACCGAAGAUGAAUCAACUUCUCCUUUGCUUUUUUUAAAACCAUCAUCAACAUCCACAUCCAAUACGGAUCCUUCUCCCGAGUUGUUCAAAAGACCACAAGUGAAUAUGAAAGAAAGCGAUUCCGAAGUGGAGGCGAGUGAUGAGGAAGAAACUUACAAGGAUCAUGAAGAGGAUGAUGACGUUGAAAUUCCCAAUGCAAAUAACUCAUAUGAGGAGGAGAGAAAAAGAAAUACUGAAAGAAACAAAAUGUUAUUGGCAAAUCUCGGUCUUGAGAAGGGUCUUUUACCAAAAUCCGAAAGUGAAACAACACAAAAUUUUUUCUUCCACAAAGAAAAGAAAAUCAUUAGAGAACAGCAGAGAUUAAGAAAGGAACAAGAAAGACUCAUUCGUGAAGAAAAAUUGAGACAAAAAGAAGAAGAGAAAAAACGAAAAAAGUAUUAUAGCAGAAGAAACAAGGACGAUUCUGAUGAUGACUCUGAUUCUAACUUUGUCACAACAAGUUUCUAUGGCGGAAAUGGUCAAAGAAGAAGUGGCAGAUUAAAGAACAAGGAAAAAAUUGAUUAUGCCAAUCUUGAGAAGAAAUAUGCAGAAGUCGACAUUGACACGGAAGAUAACAUUUCAUAUACCAGUACAAAAACUCAGAAAAAGAAAAAGCGUAAGACAUCGUCAUCUUCUGACGACAUAUUUAGCGAGUGCGAGAAUGUGGUCGUUACCUUCUCGAGUGUCAAGAACCUGAAGGAAUUGACUGAAAUGGUAACAGUCCUAAAGGGCCAAGUUAAGAUGGAUAUUAAGGACUUGUCGCAAGUCACACAUAUUGUUUGUGAGGAAUACAAAAGAACACUGAAAACAAUGGCUGGAAUUAUUCGUGGUUGUUACAUUGUUACUUCGGAAUGGUUGCGAGCUUCGGAGCGUAAAAAUGGGUUCUUGAACGAAAAAGAUUAUGUACCAUCAUGCGAGCAUGAUUUAGUAGAGGCACAACAGAGAGCCUUAGAAAAACCAAUAUUUCAAAAUCUCAAUUUUUAUAUCGCUCCAGAAACAAACAAUGCAGAAAUUCAAUAUCAACUUAUUGAGCUUGGGGAAGGCAAUGUCAUAGAUCUUGACACUCUCAAAUCAAAAGUCGAAGGAGGAGAAGACCUCGACACUCUAAUUGUCAUUGGAGACAAUCCUAAAUUGGAUGAAUUGAAAGAAGAAUUGAAGAAGUUGAAACUCCCUGAUACUGCCUUCCAAACUCCAGAGUUUAUUUAUGCCUCAGCGGUGACCCAAAAACUUGUGUGGGAUGGACAAGAAGAAGAGGAGGAAUAA